AUGAAGACUGCAUACGACUGGAACGAGGACUCCAAGAUCUCAGACGCCCCAACUUACAAGGUAGUCGGUUGGGAAUUGAAUACUCGCGCAAAACCAGGACCUCGCUGGGUGAAUCUUCGUCCCUUGCUUGAUUCUCGGCAUUUAGCCGUUCAAGCUGCCGAUCUCAAUCUGAAGCUUAUGAAAUGGCGGAUGCUACCAGACCUGCAAGUUGAAAAGCUUCAAAAGACAAAAGUUCUCAUUAUUGGAGCGGGAACUCUUGGCUGUACGGUGGCGAGGGUUUUACUUGGCUGGGGUGUACGAAACUUCACGUUCGUCGACUACGGGAAGGUUAGUUAUUCGAACCCGGUGCGCCAAUCUUUGUUUACGCUCGAUGAUUGCCAUGCAGAUGGAGGAGGUGGACGCCCAAAAGCAGAAGCUGCGGCAGAGGCUUUGAAAGAAAUCGCAGCUGAUGUCCAGAGCAAAGGCGUUACGCUUUCAAUUCCCAUGCCAGGCCACAUUGAAACUCGAGAAGCUAUCGAGACUUCUGUGAAUGCACUCGAUCAGCUUAUGCAACCUUGUGAUGUAGCUUUUCUAUUGACGGACACCCGAGAGUCGAGGUGGCUGCCGACACUUAUGGCUGCAACCUACGGUAAAACCAUGAUCAAUGCAGCGCUUGGUUUAGAUAGCUGGUUGGUGAUGCGGCACGGUGGUGGCCUCCUGGAACGACGUCGCUUUGGCUGUUACUUUUGCAAUGAUGUAGUUGCUCCUGAAAAUUCAAUGAAAAAUCGAACGGUGGACCAACAAUGCACUGUCACUCGCCCUGGCUUAGCUCCUAUUGCUAGCUCAAUGGCAGUGGAGUUGAUGGUAUCACUGCUGCAUCACGCUGAUGGGUUCCCACUCGGUGUCAUUCCGCAACAAAUAAGAGGCUCGCUAGUAACUUACACCAUGAUGACGCCGACCGUGCCGGCUUUUUGUCAUUGCACUGCAUGCUCAGCUGGUGUCGUGGAUUCCUAUCUGCACGAUAAGGUAGAACUCGUGUUUCAAACAUGCCAGUCGUCAGGGGGUUCCUUUUUGGCAGGGAUAUCUGGCUUGACAGCUUUCAGGGCGGAUGCUGCUGAAAAGUUUGACGAAUCGGGAGCAUGGGAUGACGAUCACGAAGACGAGGUCUAA